UCAUUACGUCACGGCGCUUGUACGUAACGGAGCUCGUUCACGAGUUUCAACAUGGCGAAGGAUCAUCCAAGUCCAUUUCUGACAACUAAACAAUAGUACAAUAACUAUGGCUGGAGUUGACGAGGCAGUUCUCAUCGGACUGUGUGACGGGCCAAUCGAUUCAAAACGAUAUCCGAUGUCUCACAUGACGAACAAAAUUGGCGAUAAACCGGAUAAGCUUCCAUUGAUAUCAUGGCAACAUCCACGCUGUGGUCUGUGCGGCGCGGUCAUGGCCCAUGUGGUGCAGGUGUACUGCCCUCUAGCGGCGUCUCCUUACCACCGCACCCUGAACGUGUUCGCCUGUCCCGGGUCACAGUGCAGCGGACAACCGGAGAGCUGGAGGGUUCUGCGAUCUCAGUGUCUGGAAUCAGAGGUCAGGACCAACCCUGUGGUCCAACCAUCAGCCCACGCCGCAGUUAAAGAGGUUCCCAUGACAACCGCAUACUGGUGUGAUGGGACUGAUGACUGGGGCGAGGAAGAGGACAAACAGAAUAGGGGAGAUGAUGGAUGGGACAAGGCCCAGAACCAAGCUCAUAUUGGGGGAGAAGACCCUGAGAUCCUUUUAUUCACCGGGACCUCCUCUGAGUUGGAUGUGAGUGGCAAACUUCAGGGACUCAAUCUGGAAGGAGGCGAAAAGGUGGAGGAGGAAGAGGAGGUCCCGGGUAACAUCCCUACCUACAAACCUUUCUACAUCAGUGUGGUGGAUGAGACUGACCUGGGUGGUCAGUCAGAUCUGGAGCACGCUGAGACUCUGCUGAGGGAGUACGAGCAGAGAGAGGGAGUAGGGAACAUCGGGAGCUCCGAGGGUGGAGGAGGGGAGGAGAGGUACGAGAAAGACAACCCAAGACACGGAGACGCAGUGUUCUCCCGUUUCAUGAAGAGAAUCUCUGUGUGUCCGGAGCAGCUGUUACGGUACAGCUGGCACGGGUCUCCUCUCUUUUUGUCUGACCCUCCCUCUGAUCUGCCUUGGAUUAAGCCUGGCUGCCGUCACUGUGGAGCAAUCAGGGUGUUUGAGUUCCAGCUGAUGCCUGCUCUGGUCAGCCUGCUGCAGAGGACAGACGCUGGGUCAAGGUCGGCGGUAGAGAUGGUGGAUGUAGAGAUGAAUACGGGGCUGGAGUUUGGCACUGUGAUCGUGUUUACUUGUAGAAACAGCUGUUGGUCGUCACGCUCGACAUCACCUGUGGAAGAGUUUAUCUAUCUACAGCCAGAUCCGGACCAGAAACUCUUCAAAUAACUGACUUAGUUUCCAUACACAGUUUUUAUGCGAGUAAAGUGAUCAUUUUUUUUCCCCCCCCGUUAAGACAUGGUGGGAUGUUUUUUGUGUAAAAUUUAAAAUAUGCUAAAAAUAUCUUUUUUAUGCGCAAAUAUUGGUAUAAUAACAAAGUAAACUUGAGAGUCGUGAUGAUAUGGUGUGUGGUCUAUUGAACGGAAUAACGUUGUAAUGAAAGAAUAAAAAAUUCAGAAAGUUAAA